UGGAAACCUAUAUUAGGGGAAAACCAGGGUCCUCGGCAUUUUUUUGCUAGCUGUGCACCCAGAAUCCAAAAACAUUUUAGAAAGAACGAAUCCACAGUUCGUUUGGUCAUCCGAACAAGGCUACGAAAUCGCUCUACUGGACAUCAGCACCAGGGAUUCAUUUUUGAGGUCAAUUUCCAAUCGAGAUAAAUCUAUUGGAUUAGUAGGAUUAUCUGAUUGCAGCUGAAAGAAGUAACGUUGUUUGAUCAUUUGUAUUUCUUGCCUGAUGCUCGGAUUUACAUGGAGGUGGCUUUGGGUCCCAAGGAUUCUGGAUCGUGCUUGCAGCUGGAGAGAAAAAAGGAUCAAUCGACACGUUUUGGAAGUGUCCGUGGGUGAAUAAAAAAGGGGGGGGGGGCGCAAAACUGGGGUUGCGACUGCUUAGAGAAGAAAAAAAAAAGCAAAUAAAGGAAGCAUCUUGAAUUGUCAAACAAGAAUUACCGGGUGCUCAAGAUUCCAAAAUAAGCGUCUAGGAACUGGUAAAUACUUUGAGCAAUUUAGCUUGAAUUUGACGGCGAAGUGUUGUAGAAACUGUCUCCUUGAAUUAUUGGAAGGGGACUUGGGAAAGAUGAGGGGGCUCCCUCUGUGGAUUUGUCUUACUGAGGGAUAUAGACCUGCAGCUAACUGGAUUUGAUUUGUAAGCGGGAAAUGUACAGUCAAUGGCCACUCUCACCACAUUGCUACUAUGGAAAACAGAAUAGUCAAUAGGAUAUGGUCUGAUCAAUAGUGAUGAUUGAAGAUGCUACUUCAAUACAUGUGAGAUCAAUGGAGAUACUGGCUGCACGAAGAGCUUUCUGAGCUUUUCUUGACAAACUUGCCUUUAAGAAAUAAAGGUGUAGUCUACCAAUAUACAGUUUUUCUCAAGUGGAUACAAAUACCUUGACUCACUGUAACCACACAACUAAUGUGGGACCAUGGCAGUGCCCAGAUGCACGUGGCCAGAUUAUGUUUGGAGAGCAGUCAUGGCCUGCUUGGUACACAGGGGGUUGGGUGCCUCAUUGACUCUUUGUGUGUUAAGCUGUUUACUUCACGCUGCCCACGUGCUCUCACAAAAAUUGGAUGAUGCAGACCCACUGGUGACUACCAACUUCGGCAAAAUAAGAGGGAUCAAGAAAGAACUCAAUAAUGAAAUUUUGGGUCCUGUUAUUCAGUUUCUUGGUGUUCCGUAUGCAGCCCCGCCAACCGGGGAACAUCGUUUUCAGCCUCCGGAACCACCAUCUCCUUGGUCAGACAUCAGGAAUGCCACUCAGUUUGCUCCUGUCUGCCCCCAGAAUAUCAUUGAUGGCAGAUUGCCGGAAGUCAUGCUUCCUGUGUGGUUUACUAAUAACUUGGAUGUGGUUUCAUCGUAUGUACAAGACCAGAGUGAAGAUUGCCUGUAUUUAAACAUAUACGUCCCAACUGAGGAUGUAAAAAGAAUAUCCAAGGAAUGUGCCAGAAAACCCGGCAAGAAAAUAUGUAGAAAAGGAGGUGUCUCGGGUAUAGACGUGUUCCCAGUGAAGGGGGUCUGUGGAAAGAGGAAUGCCUCUAGCUCGUGA